CGCGACUAGGGAGACGGAUAUUCGUCAAGACCAUUUCAACAGAGCAACGGAGAGAGCAUAGGCAUAGGAAGAGAUGCUUCCGUCAUGCCGUCAGGGCGCCUUCAUUGCGGCGCUGUCAAGACCAGCAUACCGUAGUAGCAGAGUACCGCAUAGAUUAUCGCCUUCUUGGACUCGAGGCCCAGUCGCAAAGCAAUUACAACGACAUCAAUCACAGUUCCAACCUUUAGUACCACCGUCGCCAGAGUCGCUAGGCAAGCCAGUAGCAGCCAAACAAUAUCGCCGAACGAGAGCCCUCCUCAAGAGACUUAUCCAAUUGGGUCUGCUGUCAGCCACCGUCUUGGGAAUUGACAGCUACUUCUUCGAUGCCGUUAUCACUCGCUCUGCACGAACAUUCAAGACUGGCCUGGUCGUUGCUCUCGACUACAAGAUCAACUUCCGCGCAAACCCUCCCUUCGCCGACUCAGUAGCCGACGUCCACCAUCGCAGUGCCGAACGACUAUUCCAUCUCCUUCGCAACAAUGGUGGUCUUUACCUCAAGAUUGGCCAGGCCAUCGCCAUGCAGAGUGCUAUCCUACCACCCGAGUUCCAAAAGAUGUUCGCCUCCAUGUUCGACGACGCUCCUCAGAACGAAUGGGAAGAUGUGAGAAAGGUCAUCAGGGAGGACUUCGGGAAAGAGGUUGAGGAGGUUUUCGGUGUCAGCUUCGACGGCCUGCAAUCCGACACGGGAAUAAUGGAGAGGACUGCAAGGGCUAGUGCCAGUGUUGCUCAGGUCCACUGGGCUCGUCUGCCCGACGGAAGAGAAGUCGCCAUCAAGGUUCAGAAGCGAGAGAUUGAGAGACAGGUUGGCUGGGAUCUGUGGACCUUCAAGGUCGUCUCCAAGAUCUACACAUGGUGGUUCGACAUUCCUCUGUACAGUCUGGUACCUUACAUCUCGGAGCGCCUCAUGCUGGAGACCGACUUUCUCAACGAAGCCAACAACGCCAAUGAGAUGAGAUCUCUCGUUCAAAAUGAGCCUCGUCUACGUGGCAAGGUCUACAUUCCCAAGGUCUACCGCGAGCUCAGCUCCAGACGUGUCAUGACUGCCGAGUGGAUCGAGGGUGUCAGACUGUGGGAUAAAGAAGGUAUUGAAGCGACCUGGCACGGGGGCUGGCGUAAAGGUAGUCCCGGUGCUGGUGGCGAGCUUCUCCCUCCUCCUGAAGGCGUCCAACCCUCGAAUGAUCCUAACAACGAGAAGCUGAAGCCUACCCGUGAUGAUUGGAAGGGCGCAUCUGGCAAGGGUGGUCUAGGCCUCAACUACAAGCCUGUCAUGGAAACUAUGGUCUCUCUCUUCUCUGCUCAAAUGUUCCUCUGGGGUCUUGUACACUGCGACCCUCAUCCGGGAAACAUCUUCAUCCGUCGUCUGCCUAACGGCAAGCCCGAGCUUGUUCUUAUCGACCACGGUCUCUACAUUCGCAUGUCGCCCGAGUUCCGCCACGACUACGCACUCUUCUGGAAAUCUCUCAUGACCUUUGACAACGACACUAUCGGCCGCAUCGUCAAGGGCUGGGGCAUCAACUCACCUGACCUCUUUGCCUCUGCAACCCUGAUGCGUCCCUACACCGGCGGAGACAACAGUACUAGCAAGAGUAUUGAAAAGCUCACCAAGUCAGAGCAAAACCAACGAGCCUACGAGAUGCAAAUGCAAAUGCGCAACGGCAUUCGCGAGAUCCUCGGUGACGAGAAGAAGUGGCCUCAAGAACUCAUCUUCAUCGGCCGCAACCUUCGCAUCGUCCAAGGCAACAACCAGUUCCUCGGCUCUCCUGUCAACCGCGUCAAGAUUACCGGCUUGUGGGCUUCUCGUGCUUUGACCGAGCAACCUCACCUCAGCAUCUCUCAACGCUGGAAGUACUAUGCCAACCACUUGCUAUUCAGAGUCGUGCUGGUAGGCACCGAUGUCUGGUUCUGGUAUGCAAAAAUCAAGCAAUUCUUUGGAUUGGGCAAAGGCAUGGAUGCCGAUAUCGAAGAGCAGAUGAGAGCGAUGGCUGGAGACAUGGGCAUUGAGUUGCAGCAUGGCAUGUUUGAAGGCUAGAUCAUUGGUGGUAUUCACUUUAUAGACAUGUUGUAGCCAUUUCUCUUCUCUUAAUGUAUACUCUUUCACCCAAGCCCA